AUGUACGUGGUGCCUCCACCUCAACGCUCCGAUCCGGGUUCAGGAUCCGAUGGGUUGAGGGUUUACCAAGCCUGGAAAGGAAGCAAUAAAUUUUUUCUUCAGGGGAGGUUUAUAUUUGGACCAGAUGUGAGAUCGUUGGCGCUGACAAUUUUCCUUAUUGUUGCUCCUGUCGCUGUUUUCUGUGUCUUUGUUGCCAGAAAACUAUUGAAUGAUUUUUCUGAUCGCUGGGGGAUUUCCAUAAUGGCUGUUGCCAUCGUUUUCACAAUUUAUGACUUGGUUCUUCUUUUGUUAACAUCUGGUCGAGAUCCUGGCAUAAUACCACGCAAUUUACAUCCUCCAGAACCGGAAGGUUUCGAUAGUAAUGCAGAUCUUGGUGCUGGUCAAACUCCUCAAUUGAGGUUGCCACGGAUUAAGGAGGUUGAGGUCAAUGGCGUUGUUGUUAAGGUCAAGUAUUGUGAUACUUGCAUGCUUUAUAGACCUCCUCGAUGCUCGCACUGCUCAAUCUGUAAUAACUGUGUAGAACGGUUCGAUCAUCACUGUCCCUGGGUCGGUCAGUGUAUUGGGCUGCGUAAUUAUCGCUUCUUCUUCAUGUUUGUCUUCUCAACUACGCUACUUUGUGUGUACGUUUUUGCAUUUAGCUGGAUCUAUAUUAGAAGAAUUAUGGCGUCAGAGGAAACAACAAUUUGGAAGGCAAUGAUCAAAACUCCAGCCUCCAUAGUUUUAAUAAUUUACACCUUCAUAUCAAUGUGGUUUGUCGGUGGCCUUACCGCAUUCCAUUUAUAUCUCAUAAGUACAAACCAGACUACUUAUGAGAACUUCCGAUACCGAUAUGAUCGCCGUGCAAACCCGUAUAACAAAGGAGUGUUGAAUAAUUUCAAAGAGAUAUUCUGCAUCAGCAUAACCCCCUCGAAGAAUAAUUUCAGGGCAACAGUGCCAAACGAACCAGCAUUACCUGCUCGAUCAGUGGGUGGAGGAUAUAUGAACCAAAGUUUGGGAAAAUCCGGGGACGACAUAGAGAUGGGAAGGAAAGCUGUAUGGGAGAUGGAUGAUUCAGAUGCUCAAUCAAACAAUGAUCGUGUGAAUGUAAAGGACGGUGAGUUGUCUUCUGAAAUUAGAACGACAGUAGAUGAAACGGUCGACCGUGUUGGAGUUCAUCCUCGGCGAUCUAGCUGGGGAAGAAAAAGUGGAAGCUGGGAAAUGUCGCCAGAAGUGUUGGCCUUGGCAGCCAGGGUUGGCGAGCAAAAUCGUGCCGGUGAAGGUAACAGUGGUAGCAGUAGAGAAUCGUAA